UCUAAGAGAAUACACGAUAAGGUCUGUGAUUAUUCUGGCGUGAAUAUUCGACAAGAUAUUCGAUCGUUUCGGACAGUAUUCCUCAGUCUCGCUAACAUAAAAUGUCUUUUUACGACAAUCACUACUAUCACAUCAAUAAAAUAACUCUGUCCAUUGUCGGCCAAUGGCCGUUUCAAUCGCGACUGAAGAGUAACAUGAUGUUCACCAUUACAGUGUUGUUCGUUUUCACAUUAGCGGCCUUACAGCUUUGGGGUUUGGUAGCUGGGAUAAUGGAUUUGAACAUCGUUAUGGAAAAUGUUCCGGCAUUUUUGUACAUUUCAUUCUGUGCGAAACGAAUCAAAUCGUUUUAUAAAUAUAAACCGAACGAUUUCUUCGAGGUGCAGAUGAAAGAAUUGCUGGAGCACGUCGAAAAGACUUGGAAAAUUAUGCACUUGAGGCCUGAGAGUAAAAUAUUAAGGCUUUACGCCGAAGAAAGCAGGACCUCUACAGUACGCUAUUUGAUUGCUCUUUAUUCAGUAUGGAUCUUAUAUUGUGUAACACCGAUUGCCAUUAACCGAAUCUAUUUACUCUUACCAACGAACAAAACUUAUUCGGCCAGGUUUCUGUAUCGCAUUGAACAUGUUCUCGACAUCGAAAAAUAUUACAACCUGUUGAUGCUUCACGGCUUUAUCGGCAUAUUUUACACAGUCUCUGUACCGAUAGCUGUCGAUUGCUUGUUCGUUCUUUGCACUCAGCAUGUCUGCGCAUUGUUCAAGUGUAUAAAAUACAACAUAGAACUUAUACGAGGUUCGGAUUUUGUGUUGCUCAACCCAAAUAUCGCGGACGACGAAGCAUACCAUGACCUCAUCAAUUGCAUCAAAUUGUACAAAUAUGCUUUAAAGUUAGUGCUGCUCUUAGAUACGUUUUGCAUAGUUUGA